AUGUCAAACGUUGUCGAUCUCGGAUUCUUCGACGCCAUUCAGGCUUCCAUGGAGAAUGAAGCGACCACCAAGGACAAUAUUCGCUCGGCUGUUCGCGAACUGGACAGGACCAACAGGAACAUCACAGCUGUCUUGAACCGCGUCCAUUCAAGCUCAAAGGACCAAGUACCAGCCCUUUGUGCCCAGGCCCGCAUUUACUUCUCGGAUAUCCAGACUCACAUCAGCGAUUUGACAAAACUCGUACCACCCCACCAAUAUUACAAAUACAACGGGCUUUGGUCAGGACCCAUGCAACAGGCUUGCUUCCUUGCGACGUUGACCAUGUACCUGGAGCAUGAGCGUCUGAUCACGGUCGAUGAGCUGGAAGGCUUUUUUGCCGUCAAGGUUGAUCUGGAUAACAACAUCACGGACUUUCAGAUCUCGGUCGAGGAAUUCUUGCAUGGAGUUGUCUCUUUGACCAACGAGCUGUCCCGAUUGGCAGUCAAUGCAGUGACAUCAGGAGACUUUACUCGCCCAGUCCGCAUUGGCAAGUUCCUAAAGGAGCUCUACAGCGGAUUCCAGCUCUUGAACUUGAAGAACGAUUCCCUCCGCAAGCGAUUUGACGGAAUCAAGUACGAUAUCAAGAAGGUGGAGGAGAUCAUUUACGACCUGACUGUGCGAAAGCUCGUUGUGGCGAACACGGAACCAGUUCAGGAAGUCAUCGGUACUGGAGCAGAGGUAUAG